UGGAGCUCCCAGCACAGGGCAGGAGCCACGGGCAGGGAUCGGCUGCCUUUAGCCACAGCAAAACAGCACGGGGGGAAAAGAUCAGAGCAGCCAGGAGGAAAGAGGCAGUGAUGAGCAGUCGGACCUGAUCAGUCCUGCCAAACACUGCUGGAAAAGAGAUUGUGUUUAAAUUACUUCAGCUAAUUCUUGCUGCUUCCGCCAAGAAGAAAAAUUGUUUGCCAUGGUGAAAGAAAAAGUGGCCCAUCCUCAGGAGCCCCACCACCCCUCUGAAAAGCCAGUCAUCCACUGCCACAAAUGUGGGGAGCCUUGUAAAGGUGAAGUGCUCCGAGUUCAAGCCAGACACUUCCACAUCAAAUGCUUCACCUGCAAAGUGUGUGGCUGUGACCUGGCACAAGGAGGCUUUUUUAUUAAGAAUGGAGAAUAUCUGUGCACCUUGGACUACCAGCGCAUGUACGGCACCCGCUGCAAUGGCUGCGGCGAGUUCGUGGAAGGAGAAGUAGUGACAGCCCUGGGGAAAACUUACCACCCAAGCUGCUUUGCCUGUACUGUCUGCAAGCGUCCAUUUCCACCAGGAGAUCGAGUUACCUUUAAUGGAAGGGACUGUCUCUGUCAGAUGUGUGCUCAGCCGAUGUCCUCCAGCCCAAGAGAACUGUCUGCCUCAAGCAAUUGUGCUGGCUGUGGAAGAGACAUCAAAAAUGGACAAGCAUUGCUAGCCCUGGAUAAGCAGUGGCACCUGGGCUGCUUUAAGUGCAAGGCCUGUGGGAAGGUCCUAACUGGGGAAUACAUCAGCAAAGAUGGUGCUCCUUACUGCGAAAAGGACUACCAAGUUCUUUUUGGAGUCAAGUGUGAAGCAUGUCACCAGUUCAUUACUGGGAAAGUCCUAGAGGCAGGUGACAAGCAUUAUCAUCCAAGCUGUGCACGAUGCAGCAGAUGCAACCAAAUGUUCACAGAAGGAGAAGAAAUGUAUCUGCAAGGUUCCACUGUCUGGCAUCCCGACUGUAAGCAAUCCACUAAGACUGAGGAGAAGCUCCGGCAUUCCUCAUCUGAGUUCUUUUAUCCAAAGAGUCUGGUUCUGCGCAGGCCACGCUCUGCAGAGCCUACAAGAACAUCAUCAGAAAGCAUUUAUUCCAGACCAGGUUCCAGUAUACCUGGCUCUCCAGGCCACACUAUCUAUGCAAAAGUAGACAAUGAAAUCCUUGAUUACAAGGAUUUAGCAGCCAUUCCCAAAGUCAAGGCCAUUUAUGACAUUGAACGUCCAGACCUAAUUACUUAUGAGCCAUUCUACACCUCCGCCUACGAGGACAGACAGGAGAGACAGAGUCUUGGAGAGUCUCCAAGGACUUUAUCACCCACCCCUUCUGCAGAAGGCUACCAGGACGUUCGGGACCGCAUGAUUCACAGGUCUACCAGCCAGGGCUCCAUUAACUCUCCCGUGUACAGCCGGCACAGCUACACCCCCACCAUGUCCCGUUCCCCCCAGCACUUCCACAGACCUGGCAAUGAGCCGUCCAGCGGUCGGAACUCCCCUGUCCCCUAUCGGCCUGACAGUCGCCCUCUCACUCCAACUUACGCUCAGGCCCCUAAACAUUUCCAUGUUCCAGAUCAAGGUGUCAACAUUUACAGGAAACCACCCAUCUACAAACAGCACGAUCAUGACAUGGCUAAGUUCCCUGAUUGCCAUCUAGAUGCAGCUGCCUUGGCAGCACAGAGCAAGUCCUCCGAGGAUAUCAUCAAGUCCUCCAAGUUCCCAGCAGCUCAUGCACCAGCACCCAACGAGAUACCAAAGAUUGAGACUGACCACUGGCCAGGCCCUCCCUCCCUGGCUGCCAUAGGAGCUGACAUGAGACGCAGAUCAAGUGGAAGGGAGGAAGAUGAUGAGGAGCUGCAGAGACGCCGGCAGCUGCAGGAGGAGCAGCUCAUGAAGCUCAACUCUGGUCUGGGACAGUUAAUAUUGAAGGAAGAGAUGGAAAAGGAGAGUCGCGGUAGGUCAGCCCUUUCUGCCAGUCGUUACGAUUCUCCAGCACAUGCUUCAGCCUCCAAAACCUCUUCUCUCCCUGGGUAUGGAAAAAAUGGACUUCACAGGCCGGUCUCUACGGAUUUUGGUCAGUACAACAGUUAUGGGGAUGUGAGUGGUGCUGUUAGAGAUUUCCAGUCCCUCCCGGAUGGUCAUGUCCCUGGAAUGAGAAUGGACAGAGGAGUGUCUAUGCCUAACAUGUUGGAGCCAAAGAUUUUUCCAUAUGAAAUACUCAUGGUGACCAACAGAGGGCGAAAUAAAAUACUAAAAGAUGUAGACAGAACCAGGCUGGAGCGUCACUUAGCACCUGAAGUUUUUCAAGAAAUAUUUGGCAUGACGAUACAGGAGUUUGACAAGUUACCUCUCUGGAGACGCAACGACAUGAAGAAAAAAGCAAAACUCUUUUAAUCUCCCUUUAAACAAACCAACCACGAAUGAUGCAUAGAAUAUUGUAUCACACAGUCCAAACUGUUUGGAAGCAACUACUUAUCCACCAAAAAGGGAAAAUCAACAUAGUGGCACCUCUGCAGUUGAACAAGAUCAACAAUUGCCCUCCUGGAAUGCAGGGAGAAAAUAUCUGGGCUCAGAAACAGCAGUGAUAGUUUCCAGGGGUGUCAGCCUAUUACCUGAUAUUGUACAAGAUAGAAAACUGUUCUGUUCUUCUCCCUCAAUGAUAUUCCCUUUACUUCUCUCCACAAUAUGAUGGACUUUAUUGCUAGAGCCAGGAAGUGCACUUAGGAUGCCUUGUAGACUAAAGUAGUUGUAACCACUCCAAGAACUGGAAGAGAAUAUAUACAUAUAUAAAUAUAUAUAUAUAUAUAUA